UUCUAUAUUCCUAAACUGGUACUUCAAGAAGACAACUAGGGUUUCCAUUUAUGAUGUGUGAACAAUUGCACUUGGAGAUCUUGUUAUGCUUGUUGGAUGGUGACAAAAAUGGAACCCUGUGAAGCUCCCCACACUCUUCUUGGUUUUUUGUUGCACAAAGAUCAACCAGGAUCCAGGAUUUGCAGGGCUGAAGAGGAUUUUCACUUUUUCAGAGACUAUGCUAUUAGAGAAAUCAAUGUUUUGUUAUGGGUAUCUCUCAUCUUGAUCACUGGUCUUCUUCUCAGAAAAGUUGCCAGGUUAUUGAGGUUAUGGGCGAAAGGGAGGAAGAUCCCUGGUCCCCCUUGUUCAUCAUUUUAUGGUCACGUCAAGCUGAUCUCUGGAGGCAAAUCGGGAGAAACACUUACAGAAUUUCUGUCAAAGUCACAUGAGCAAUAUGGAUCAAUUGUCAAGCUGUGGUUGGGUCCUACCCAACUUCUCGUGUCCAUAAAAGAUCUAUCGAUUAUCAAGGAAAUGCUGGUGAAGGCUGAAGAUAGAUUGCCAUUAACAGGAAGGGUAUUCCGUCUGGCUUUUGGCUAUUCGAGCCUCUUUGUUCCUUCAUUUGAGAAGGUAAGAAAGAGAAGGGAGUCGUUGGCAAUACAGUUGAAUGGGAGACUGAUUGAGAGAGCAAAUGCAAUUCCCUCCAAGGUUGUGGAUUAUGUCAUGGAAAGAAUUCAUUCUUUAAUGUCCAAAGGAGUUCAUGACUGUAGAUCUGUUUCCCAACAUAUGGCUUUUUCCAUCCUUGGAGCCACACUCCUUGGAGAUGGAUUCUUGAGUUGGUCUAAUGCUACUGUUUAUGAAGAGCUUCUUAUGAUGAUUGCUAAAGAUGCUUCCCUCUGGGCAUCAUAUAAAGUUACCCCACUCUGGAAAAGAGGAUUUUGGAGAUACCAGGUUUUGUGCAAAAGGUUGAAAUGCUUAACACAAGAUUUUAUUCGACAGUGCAGACAAAAUUGUAAGUUGUUCAGUCAAAUGGAUGAGAAUACCCACAGUGAAACUACAACUGUCGGGAGGGACACUGCAUGUGGAGUUUUUUGUGCUGGUUUUGAUAUGGAAGAUGACUUGCUCUUAGAUGAGUUCAAUGGCCAUCAUGAUGCAAGAGAAGAACCAUGUGGGAAUAUUAUGGGUGUGAUGUUCCAUGGAUGCUUGACAACUGCAGGCUUGAUUGGUGACAUUUUGACCAGGCUUGUGAUGCAUCCAGAAAUACAGGAAAAGAUUUACUCGGAGAUUGUUAAGGUGUGGAAAAGAUCGUCUAAGUUGGAGCUAGAGGAUAUUUAUAAGAUGCAAUUUUUGUUGGCAACUGUCUAUGAAUCUGCUCGUCUUCUACCAGGGCCUUUGCUUCAACGGUGUUCUCUGAAGCAUGACUUGAAUCUUCAAGAAGGCAUUACUGUACCAGCUGGAGCAAUUAUGGUGGUCCCCGUACAGUUGGUGCAGAUGGAUGGAUCCCAUUGGGGGAGUGAUGCAAACCAGUUCAAUCCAUAUCGGUUCUUAUCAAAGGCUGAACAGGGAUCUGAUUCAGUGCCUCUUUCUCCUCUUUCUCCAUUUGCAGGUGUUGGAGAGAAACUUAAUGCAGCAGAUGUGCCAUUUGUAUUAAAUGACCCAAAUGCAAAUGCAGCAUUUCUUCCUUUUGGUUCUGGGACACGAGCCUGUGUUGGACAGAAAAUUGCAAUACUAGGAAUUACGACAUUAUUCGCAUCUUUGCUUAAACAGUAUGAGAUAAAACUUCAUCCAGGUUCAGAGAAUGAUCCAAAGCCAACGAUGAAAAACUGUGUUCUUCAGCCUCUUCCAAGUCCUAAGAUUAUCUUUGUAAGAAGGAAUGACUGAAAAGUGAAGACCAAGGACUUGUAUGGAUACAGAGUUAUUACUUGGAUUUUGGUUUUUUACUGGUUAUAGUGCCAGGAUAUGGAUCGGAGAGGUAUUUCCUUCUCUUUCGUUUUAGUGCCCAAAGAGUGAGGAUCUCUUAUCUCUGUGUUUAAUAAUUGUGUUUUUCCUUCCUGUUUUUAUUGGCUCCUGUGUGGUUUACUAUUAGAAUUGCAAUACUUUUGACACAUUUGGGAGCUGUUAUUACAGAGGAGCUGUCUUUAUGGGUUUUUUCCCCCUUCUUUCUUUUUGGAAGGUAUGUUGUUUGUGUUGUAUUUUGUAUGUUUUUUUCUCCUUUGGGAGUUUAUGUAAUUUUGUGAUUUCAUAUAAAUAAUGAAAACACAAGUAUUUUACAUUAACAAAA